CUACCCCUGACCGCUGACGUGUUGUUCAGUUAUUUUUUCAAUUUUCUUUAAUCGGAAACAAUUUUAAUAAUUUUUAGUUAACAAUAACAAUAAUUUGUGGUCACCACAUCAUGCAGCACAUGAGAUAUAAUUUUAUAGCGUUAGUUUUCGUGUUAAGUACGUGUAAUAUUUGUAACUCAUCUCUAUUUGAUAGCGAAUCAUGUUAUUCCUUUGGUAGCGGCAAUGUUUUUCCCGGCGGUGCAAGAAAGGUUGACCAUAAAUUACAAUUUACGAAGGCAAUGAUAUCAAAGCCGGCACCGGAAUGGGAAACAACUGCUGUCAUAGAUGGAGAAUUUAAGCAACUUUCUUUAACAAGUUUCAAAGGAAAAUAUUUAGUAUUCUUCUUUUACCCUUUAGAUUUCACCUUUGUAUGUCCAACAGAAAUAUUAGCAUUUUCUGAAAGGAUUGAAGAGUUCAGAAAGAUUAAUACAGAAGUGGUAGCAUGUUCAGUUGACUCACAUUUUACCCAUUUAGCAUGGAUUAAUACUCCACGUAAAGAAGGAGGUCUUGGAAAAAUUAACAUUCCACUUCUAAGUGAUUUGACUCACUCAAUUGCAAAAGAUUAUGGUGUCUAUUUGGAAGACUUGGGGCACACCUUGAGAGGAUUAUUUAUUAUUGAUGACAAGGGUGUUUUAAGGCAGAUUACAAUGAAUGAUUUGCCAGUUGGUAGAUCAGUUGAUGAAACUCUUCGGCUAGUUCAAGCAUUCCAAUACACUGAUAAGCAUGGUGAAGUGUGCCCAGCUGGUUGGAAACCGGGCCAAGAUACUAUUAUACCAAAUCCAAAUGAGAAGAAAAAAUAUUUUGAAAAAGUAUCAUUUAAUUAAAAAUAAUAUUUCCAAUUUAGAAGACUAAAGAAAGAAAUAAAAUGAACAAAUUAACAUCAUUAUAAGUAUUAGCAUAAAUAAUAAUAUU